GUGAAGUGCUCAGUAUUGAAUGGCAGUUCUGUUAUUGACCUGACUCCUCUGAUCCAUCGCACUGGGUAUUAUGAGGCAUUUGUGGAUGAAGAUGCAACAGAAGUUUCUCCAGACUUCUACAUCAACAUCUGUGAGCCUCUCAAUCCUAUCAAAGAUGUCAAUUGCCCACCUGGAGCGGCUGUUUGCAUGGUUCCUGUUAGUGAAUCACCAAUAGAUAUUGGUCGUGUUACUGAAUCUCCCAAGUUAAACGAGGCAGUAAAUGAAGUUUACAUCACUUACAACAGCACUACUCCUUGUCAGAUAAACAACAAAUUGAACUAUACUUCUCUUAUUGUAUUUCACUGCAGCCAAGGAACUAGUCUGGGCAAGCCAAAGAUGAUAAGGAGACUUGACUGCAGUUUUGUGUUUGAGUGGGAAACUCCGGUUGUGUGUCCCGAUAAAGUGAAAACUUUAGGCUGCUCUGUGACUGAUGAACAGCUACACUAUACUUUUAACCUGACCAGCCUUUCUGGAAGAUCAUUCAAGGUCCUUUCUGGAUCCAACAGUUACCAUGUUGGUGUAUGCAGUAAGGCAGCAGACUUACCCCAGGGAAAAUGCAAAGAUGGGGCAGUGUGUCUGACAUCUGGAAGUAGUGUGUCAUCUUUUGGAAACGUAAAGGAAAUGAAAAUGGACUAUAGCCACCAGGAUGAAACGGUCAUCUUACAGUACACAGGAGGUGAUCGAUGCCCUCCAGUGACGGAAAAGGGAGAGCUCUGUGUGUUCCCCUUCAAGUACAAAGGGAAGACCUAUGAGGGAUGUAUUACAGAAGAAAGGAAUAGGCCGUGGUGUGCUACAACUGAAACCUACCAGGGAGAUGGAAAGUGGGGAUUUUGUGGUAAUGCAACUGGAAGAAGGGAAUCUACCAUUAUCUUCACAUGUGAUGAAAAUGCUGGUGUUGGGACACCAUACCUUCUGAGUGAGACACUUGGCUGUGCUGUGACAUUUGAAUGGAGGACUCAGGCUGUUUGUCCUCCCAAGAAGAUGGAGUGCAAGUUUGUCCACAAGCACAGAACUUAUGACUUGAGAAUGCUCUCUUCCCUGACGGGAUCAUGGAUCUUUUUCCACAAUGGGAGCUCGUACUACAUGAAUCUCUGUCAGAGGGUACACGAGGGACCAACAGGCUGCCCUGAAAGAGCCAGUGUUUGCAGGAAAAGCAGCAAUGGAGAUGUUCAAGUUCUUGGACUUGUUCAUACACAGAAGCUGAAUGUGACAGGUGAUACAGUGUAUAUUAGUUAUUCCAGUGGGCAGGAGUGUAGGAAAAACAAGAAAGUAACAACAGUUAUAGAACUGAAGUGUGCAAAAACUGUUGGCUUGCCCAUGCUGCAGAGGAUUGAUGAAGAAAACUGUGCUUACUACAUCACUUGGGACACACGUGCAGCUUGUGCUGUGAAGCAGCAGGAGGUGGAGGUGGUGAACGGAACAGUUAUUAAUCCUGCAACUGGGAAAAACUUCUCUUUAGGGGAUGUUUAUUACAAGUUGUACAUGGCUUCUGGUGACAUACGGACAAAUGGCGAUAAAUAUGUAUAUGAAAUUCAACUUUCUGGUAUAAGAAACUCAAGCAUCUCAGAAUGCUCUGGAGCAAACAUCUGCCAGGUUAAAACUAAUGAACAUCGCUUUCGGAGAAUUGGUUCUGCCAGAAAAGCUAAAUAUUAUGUUAAGGAUGAUGACUUGGAUGUCACGUUUUCAUCAGACUCCAGAUGUGGUAAAGAUAAAUCAAAGUUUGUGUCUUCAACCAUUUUCUUCCACUGCAGUCCAGAAGUAAAGGAAGGCAUCCCUGAAUUCCUCCAUGAGACAGCAGAUUGCCAGUAUUUAUUUACCUGGUACACAUCUGCUGUGUGUCCAUUAAUAUCAACCCGUGAUCCAGGAAGCAAUGAACACCAGACUGAUAAGGAGGCCCAAGUGCAUAAAGGCCUUUCAAGGAGAAGUCAGGCUGUUGGUGCUGUGCUGAGCGUCCUCCUGGUUGUUCUCACUGCAUGCCUAAUAAUAUUGCUGUUCUACAAAAAAGAGAGGAGGGAAAUCGUAAUAAGCAAGAUAACAAACUGCUGCAGAAGAACAUCCGGUGUUUCCUACAAAUACACAAAGAUAAACAGUGAGGAAGAAGCUAAUGAGAAUGAAACAGAGUGGCUUAUGGAGGAAAUUGGAGCACCAAAUCAAAGAACAGCAAAAGGAGGCCAGGAGAAUGGUCACGUUACUACCAAGUCUGUUACAUCUGGAGCCUUUACCUCUCUCCACGUGGAUGACCUGGACAGUGAGGAUGAAGUGUUAACCAUUCCGGAUGUAAAGAUUCAGACAGGAAGAGGACUAGACAAGAGCAGGCACCAACAAAAGAAGCCACCCAGUCUUCGAAGUGAUGACAAAGCUUAUUUGCUGAAUGGGGGAAAGGAAAGGAAAGCAAAAGCCACGCCAGGCCAGCAACAGGCACAGAACUCUACAAAUACAGUAUUGUUUCAUGAUGAUAGUGAUGAGGACUUGUUGAAUGUUUAAUAACCCCUCUUGUGCCUAAUCAAAUAUAUAUAGAGAGAUGAUAUAUAACAGGACAACAUUUCCAACCAAAUAUGAGGACUUCAGCCUGAAAGAUUUUUCUGAAUUUUGCCUUUAACAAGAAACCAUUGAAAAGGGAAGAAGAGAAGGAUUCCUUGGUUGUUUACAAUGAUCUGUUCAGUAAUGACUGGAUUUCUAACAUCCAGUUGGCUGAGUUAUGUUGACUCUCUCUAGCCAGGACACUUUUUUUUUAAGCCUCAGCAUAGAUGUUAAGUGCUUGCUUAAAAAAAAUAAGCCUUUGAAAGGAAAGGAUUAAGGCUCCAUGAAGACCCUGGCUCCUGAGACUCAAGUUAUCUGACUACUAGCAUUUUAACUCCUUGUAUUUAUUGAUCCUCACUACUCAGGUUUGCUUAAUAGCAACACGUUCUUCCUGCCGGCAGGGUAUUAUUCUAUGGAUUCAUCCAUUGUAAGACAAGGACAAAUAUAGCUUUUGUGUGUUGGGAUGAUUUGAUUGUAAAUUUUGGAACUGGUCUAAUUUAUCCUGUAAAUUUGAAUAUCCAAUCUAAUUUAAACAGAUCAUUGGUUUAAAGGUAUUGACUGAAAGGUACAGCUCUGUAUAGCUUUAGCCUGAAAUGGUUGCUGUUCUUUGCAUGAUUUUUUUUUUCUGGUCAUAUGACUGAUUUCAUCAGUAUUUGCCUAAGCAGCUGAUAAGCACCCAAAGAUUUCUUCCUAGAUUAUGGCUGGACUAGGUUGACUGCACAGACAACCAGUGUUUUCAAGAACAUAGAAUUCCUAGAACACAGCUUGCAGUGCCCAGUUUGUCAUCACCAAGAAAAGCCCAACAACUAGAGGAGCCCUAGUCAGCAAAGUAUCUCUCUCUGGUAUUAAUUACAAGAAAAAAAAUUGGGCAAUGUUUUCUGAUAGCCUAAGUUCUAGCUCUUAUUUAUGCUACAGUCCUGGCCAUGGUCAUUGAUUUGAAAUGUUGCUGGUAAUGAAUGCAAGUCAAAAUUCCUCCAGCAGUCUUGCUGUUCUCCAGGUGUUUCCUAAGUUAACUUAUGGGCAAUGAUGGGAUUUCAAAGCAUUGUAAAAGUACAUGCGUCGGUCAGAAUUUUUUUAAACUUUUCAUUGUUCCUUUUGGCUGGCUUAUUCAGUUUCAACAAUGGUUUCUUUUUAUAAAAAACUCCAUUUUGAAUCAAAAUAGUGUGAUAUAAACUAUUCAGCAAUUUCAAUAAAAGAUAUGAAGUGGGUAUUCCAAA